AUCAGCAAGCAGGGAGGCCGCUCUUCCAUUGCUGGAUGCCACGGAGUAAUGGUGUCGUACGGACCCAUGGGGAGAAAUGUUGCUGAUGUGGCUCUGGCCAUGAAGGCAAUCUGCAGUGAGAUUAUGCAAGAUAUUGAUCCAUUGGUCAUUCCCAUUUCAUUUAGAGAAGAGAUUUAUGAAAGCAAGCGUGCACUCCGCAUUGGCUACUUCGAUGACAAUGGUCACGUCACACCGACCCCAUCCUGCAAACGGGCAGUUCAUCUUUCUAAAGAAAUCCUAGAGCGUCAAGGGCAUGAGCUGGUUCCAUUCAAUCUACCCAGAGGAGGUGAAUACGGUAUGAUGCUGAGCUUAAGAAUUCUGAACGCUGAUGAUGGGAGGACACUGCUGGACUGCUGGAAAGAUGAGGAUGUGGAUGAUACUGUCAAGGGAGUCUACUUUCUUAGUAACUUAUCAAGCAAGAUCAAGGCAGUUGUCGGACGCCUGCUGAAGUUUGUGUACCCCCGCUUUGGAACCCUCGCUCUGCAGUCAAUAGGAUGCAAUGACGUGCACACGCUGUGGAAGUAUUAUAACGAGCGACAGCUGUACAUCGAUGAAGUGAUGGCAGCCUGGAAAACAGCCAAACUAGAUGCACUGAUUUGUCCUGCCUUCUCUUACCCAGCGCUGCCAUACGGAUUUGCACACGACAUGCUUUAUGGCGCCACAUACACUGUGGUGUUCAACCUUUUGGACUUCCCAGCGGGAAUUGUUCCUGUAACCAUGGAAACUAAGGAAGACCAGAAGGCACUGGACAACUAUCCGCGCACUGAUCUUUGGGACCGGAAGAUUGUUGAAGCCACUAGAGGAGCCACUGGGAUGCCUGUGGGAGUACAGUGCGUAACACUACCCUGGAAAGAGGAGCAGUGCCUACGAGUAAUGGGGGAUAUCGAGGCAGGCUUGGAUAAUUAAGGUGCCUGGAGUUGGCUCUUAUAACUCCAGAUUAUUUGUAAUGGGCUGUAUUAAUGCAAAUGUGGAUUUUUUUUUUCAGAAUAUAGAAUCUGUAUACUAAUUAUGCAUUUGCUUAAAGUAAUUGCAAAGCUAUCUGAUUCUAUUUAAAGAUUAUCAAGAAAAUAUUUGCCAUGCAGCAGUUGUAAAAAUAACUUUGCAGUGUAAUACACAUAGACUAAGAGGAGGGACCGAGUAAAAGAAUCGAGUUGUAGCACCACCUCUGCAUACUUUGUCUGACAUAAAAUGAUGGUAUGAUACCCAUGGGCUGAAAAGAGUGGUUUUUGCUCACAGGUUAUCACACUUUUCAGCAAUAUUUUUGGAAGGUCCGAUGAAAGAUUUGAAAGGUCCGAACAUGUAACGUAUGCUUGGCUAAUAGAUCGUUUGGUAACAGUGGAUCAAUUUUUUGAUACAAAACCAAACAUAAACAAACUCAUGUUUGCCCUUGUUUGAUACAAUACAUGUGUCGUCUGCAGGCAUUCCGAGUUACUCGCUUUUGCUUUAUUUCUUCGCAAUUUGCAAUGGUUUAAUGAUGUUUUAUUUGAUGAAAGUGGAGUACUGUAAAUUAUUGAUAGGUCUGACGGACUUUCUGCUUGGAAAUUGCGAAGA